AUUUAUGAUGAGUGGGAGAUGUGCACAAACAUUGCAGGACGACCAAGGCAUUUUCUGGGUUGUUUCUAACGGAGACAGGCGAGAAGCUGUGGUGGUGAUUACGAGCCUGAACCUUGCGCGUGCCUGCGGAAUCUAUAAAAGAAUGAGAGGUGAGUCCACCGAGCUCAGUGAAGUGAAUGAGAGACGAUACGCUACGCGUUGCAGAGGACCUAUACAGUGGAGACCUAUACAGUGGAGAACAACUUGGAUUUAGCAAAAAGACAGCUCGACAGAGAAAAUGAAUAGGACAGGUAUGUUCUAAGUAACAUGUAGGCUGCUUUUUUCCCCCUCAUCAUGAAUGUGGCAUCUCCUACCAAUUUCUACUCCUGAGCAUAAGAGGUCUCCAACAUGCCAUGCUGAGUGAUUUGUGAAUGAAUAAGUCCGCCAUGCAACCAAAUGACAGUGUGCAGACCCUGGUACCAGAGGUGUGUGAGCAAGUACUGGAGGAUAAUGCAGGACUGGGUUACGGUGGCUCUACUGGCAACCUGUCGCUGCGCUGCUGGCUACACUUCUUAAGCAAGGAAUCCAUACUGGAGCUUCAGGGAGAUGGUUCCAGCAUCACAGUACGUGUAAUGAUAGCUCUGGUGUACUCUGUCGUGUGUGCACUGGGGCUAGUGGGGAAUUCUCUAGCACUCUACCUGCUUCACUCACACCACAGUCAGAAGCAGUCCUCAAUCAACUGCUUUGUAAUGGGCUUGGCUCUCACCGACCUGCAGUUUGUUCUCACGCUCCCCUUUUGGGCUAUUGACACGGCUUUGGACUUCCGCUGGCCCUUCGGCAAAGUAAUGUGUAAGAUCAUCAGCUCCGUGACCAUCAUGAACAUGUACGCCAGCGUCUUCUUCCUGACUGCCAUGAGUGUGGCUCGAUACUACGCAGUUACCUCGGCCCUCAAGAUGCACAGCAAGCGUACGGCGGCAGCCAGCGCCAAGUGGAUCAGCCUGGGCAUCUGGGUAGUGUCGCUGCUAGCCACCCUGCCCCACGCCAUCUACUCCACUAGUGCCCAGCUAUACGAUGAGGAACUGUGUUUGGUGCGAUUCCCUGAGUCAGGCAGGUGGAACCCUCAGCUGCUCCUGGGGCUGUACCAGCUACAGAAAGUACUGCUGGGCUUUGUUAUUCCCUUGGUGGUCAUCACUGUGUGCUACCUGCUACUGCUGCGCUUUGUGCUGAGCCAACACAUCAGUGGAGCGGCCAGCUCAGAGGGCUCGGAAGGCCGCCACAAGCGCCGGUCCAAAGUAACCAAGUCGGUGGCCAUCGUGGUGCUGUCCUUUUUCUUGUGCUGGCUUCCCAACCAGGCGCUGACGCUGUGGGGCGCGCUGAUUAAGUUUGACCUGGUGCACUUCAGCAACGCAUAUUACAACGUCCAGAACUACACCUUCCCGCUGACUGUGUGUCUGGCUCACACCAACAGCUGCCUCAACCCUGUGCUCUACUGCAUAAUCCGCCGUGAGUACCGCGCGGGCCUCAAAGAGCUGCUGCAUGCCACACCCUCCUUCAGGAGCCUGGCCAACCUGCUACCCCGCAAGGCCAAGGUGGCAGAGGCUCCCCCUGUCAUGACGCUGGUCCAGAUGGAUGUCUAAAGGCGGGCGGCUCAGCGUCUCUCGUAGACAAUGGGCAACAACAAGGAAUGCACUCAGCUCUCCAAAAUACCACUUUCAUGGAAUUUGUUUGUUGUAGUUGCUGGAGCAGCAUCACAAGGCAAGCCCAUUGGGAUGUGUGCGGGGCAAAUUAAAUAAUAAUUACAUACUUUACUGUUUAAUUAGUCAUACUAUGCUGUUUUACUUGGAGAAUUGUCUGUUGUUAUAUGUUAGUAUUUUGCUGAUACAGCUUCGUCUUUUGUAACUUGGUCAUGGGUCAGGGCCUACAGAUAAGAGCCAUUUGGGUGUGACUGUAGUAUGUGACAUCCUGUUUUAACAAUCCACAGGAACUUAGAUGUGUGGAAACAUGCAGGAAGGAACGAUCAAUGGUGGCAACGUCAGCUAUCUUAAUCUGCACAGACAAGCUAAAUCAGCUUUUACACACCAUGUUCCGUCCCUGUUUCCACCGGUCUGCUAAACUGCCACGUCGACAAAAUAGGUUGUUCUUUUUCUAUAAGAGGAGAGAGACAACUCUUUUCGUUGAGCUUUCCUAACGAUGCACUGUUGAGUGGUUGUUAUUGAUUGCUUCAUUUUUGCAAAUCUUAUAAAUAGUUGUUUUGAAGAAUACAGUCUCUCCCUUUGGUUAGAAAAACCACGACAUGUUGUUCGUCGAGCAGGUCCAGUUGUUCGUCGAGCAGGUCCACAUACUUUUGGUCAUGUAGUGUAUAUGGUUGGAUUUGUUGGAAUUCUCUCUCCAGAUCUUCCUAUAGGGAAGCAAAUCUUCCUUGCGAUGUAGUUAGACACAAAGCUGCUCUCGCUGUCAGAGACGUCUGUGUAGCCCGUUGUUCAAAUGGUGAUGUGUGUGUGUUUUUGACCGAGCUAGUAUAAGCCAGCAUACGAACAUGCCCACUUUUGCAACAUAAUGCCUGCCCUUCGACCUUACGCCUGCCCACAUGUGAAAGUUCAAGUAAAUCACAUGAUAAACGAGGUGAAAAGGAGACUGGAGGCCGUCUUUAAUAACUUGUGCUGCCUUCUCAUAAUUUAUCAUAGGGGUCUUAACAGGUUCAAGCUGUACUGCUUCACCCACCGCCUUGUACCUGCGAGAUAAAUACAGACCGUCAAUCCCCCCAUGAUCUCCAUUAAGGAGGGAAUAAAUAAUACAUUUGUUUUCACUCAUUUGAAUCAGUGAACUUACUCAUAAAGCUCAUAAAGCCAUUUCUUCAAGCUUUGUGGACAAAUGUCUCGCUUCAGGAAGCUUCGUUGUGUGUGCAAGCAACAGAUUAGUAGUUUGAGUAUUGUUUUACUCCAAUGGACAUAGAAACAUUUAGUGUGGUGGGAACAUACUGUAUAUGUGAUUGAGGUAAGGAAUGUACCAGAGGAACAUACCAGAAAGCAAGUGGUAGGUCAUUGCCUUGCACCACAUAAGCUGAUCAUAAAAGGAAAACAUUUCUCCCAAGUGUUAACUACAGAUGUAUGCAAGGUCAGGGUCUCUUUCUUUGUGCACUAGAAUGUAAGAAAACAAUUAUAUUUGAAGGAAUGGAGAAAUUGCAUUGCAUUGCAACAAAAAUACAACCUUGCUUUCGCCGUCUGCCUAUUAAUCACUCAUUCUCAGUCUGUUACAGACAUAGAGCUGCUCUCUCUCUCUCACACACACGCAUGUAGACACGCACCCACACUGAGCCGCUGCUUGCUUUAAGAGAUACAAUGUGAAUGUCUUAUUGGAUAUCAUCCUCCUACACAUUCACACAUCUGUAUUCAGAAAUCAGUUUGAAGGAAACAUAUUCAAAUAUUGAAAUAGCCUAAACUUUCAAUGGGAUGUGAAUUAAAAAAACACAAGUCUCUGUGAAAUCAUGUACUGUAAGGAUUAUACUGCAAAAGCUCUACAGUAUUACUACUGUGAUUCAUCAUUCUCUGUAAUUGUGUUGCCUAGGUAUAUCAUUAUAUAAACAGUUUUUCUAAGUAAUUAUGAAAAUUACAAGUGAAUACAUGAUCUGCAUUAUGAAAGACUAAUAAAUAAACCACUCAACUUGAA